AUGGCACCGAUUCAAUUCGCACUAAAGCCGUUGAAAAAACGACGACGACGACAAGAUGAGAACAAGGAGAAGGAGAAAAGAUUGUGCAAUGCAUUUGAUAGCAUCAAGGCGAUUGAAGAAGAAUUAAAAAAUAAAGUGAAACAAGUUAACCAUCGAGUUGAAUUACUGGAAGAUGUUCAAGUGAAAGUUAAACGUCUAAAGGAUGAAGGCAAUAUACUUGCGGAAGCUGGAAGAUUUCAAGCGGCAAUGAAUCGAUGGAAAGAAGCUUUAGGUUUGGACCCGAAUAAUGCAGUACUGUAUGAGCUACUGGCUCAAGCUUCGAUGGCAGUAUACGAAGACUUUCAGGCCGUUCAGUUUGCACGGACAGCGACUGAAUUGGCGCCAUUGUGGAGCGAUGGAUAUCUUACACUUGCUCGAAGUCAUUUAAAUUUUGGCGAGCUUACACUAGCACUUCGAGCUGUUGAUAAGGCUGUUGAGCUGAAUCGUGGAGUAGAGACAGAAGAAAUAGCAAGUGAUCGUAAGGAUAUUGAGAAGCUGCUAAUAAAGCAAAAACAAGUAUUGAACAAACAUGAUGAAGAGGCGGCGCAUUUAGUUGAAGCAGACAAGUUACAGGUCAUUUUAUGCUUCAAGCACCUGACGCUUCGAGCCAAAAUAAUUGGCGACAAAUGA